UUAACCGAACACAGAAUUAUCCACUACGUUGUUGGUGCGAAACUCUUCCUCGAUACACUCGACAAAUGGUCACGUGAGCCACACCUGGACCCUCAGUGCUUGCACCUUCCCGCUCAAGACUAUCUCCAAGUCACCUGUCGCACUGCGCAAUAUCCAUUAAGGAUAUGCUUCUGGCUAAGCUUUCAGCAACUACCAUUAUUCCAUCCCCACCGCUGCCGUCUCUAGGAAAACCGAAAAGGCCUCAACUGGUUCGUCGACACGCAUAUUCUUCCUUGCCAGUCAUCGUUUGUACUUCAGUCAAGAGCUAUUUUGAUAUUCGUACGCUCUAGCAAUAUAUUUUGUUUUGCCAGAGCUCGUCGUCAUGUAUUGAAAUUGGAUCGAUCACACGGUGAACCGAACGGACUUCCAGCGUGACAACCAGCAAGGCAGUCGAAGAGCCCGCCUCGUGAGAUGACUAUCCAAGAAAACAUUCGAGUGCUCCGGGAGCUACAACCAGCAUGGGAUCUGAACGAUCCCCAAAGUGAGAUAACGCUCCAAGAGAGCAUCCGAGAAAGCGAGUUUGUUGAGGAGCUCACUCACCGAUUCUCGGACGAGUCCCCUCAAUCAGGACCCACACCACCACCUGGCAUUGAAACUGUUCGGCGUUCGCCAGUCUGUCUCUUUCGUUCAUCACAACUCCCCAAAAAAGACCUCCAAGCUUUUAUUCCGGAGCUGAACGUUCUCCUGGACCAUGUGACGCACCUCCCGGAUGGCCGCUUGGAGUUCAGCAAGAGGGUUACACGUUUGUGCCUCGAUCGGGUGAUCCUUCAAGGCUUUCCGAGGGGGACCAACGAGAAUUCUAGUUCUCUCCGGAUAAUUUACAAGAGGAAUGACUUCACGAAGAAGGCAGGAAUGAAAAGGCUCAGGAAUAUCGCAACCCUUCACGACUCCAUUCAAAAGUCCUGGGCGGAUGUUGGUUAUGCCGCUUCAUACCCAACUCUCGACGCAAUCAUUGUCAGCGGCGGGAAACUGCAUGGACCUCAACCCCUUGUCGGGAUCCAAUUUCCAGAAUCAAUCAUGGCGGUUGAUGAUCUAGAUUGGGGCGGCUGCAAAAGACUUUCAUGGGGUCCGGCUAUCUCUGAAAACAUGAUUGAUCGUGCUAGCAUUUGGAUUGACGACGACCAUCCAAUCCUUUCGGAUUUUGAGAUGCUGAGUUCCCCGCCAGAAACGGGUUCAGCAUUACAUGCGAAUGGUAAUAAGGACAUAUUGAGAAACCAUUUGCUGAAAAGAAAUUGGAUCUGGAUCACAAGGAUGCACCACCUGAAGAGAAUUAUUGACAUCCCACGCACAGAAGAAUUCUACGAUGCAAGGAUGGCGUUUUUCAAUAAUGGUUCACCAAUGUCUCUCCGAAGGUUCUGCCAGCGUCAUCAAUGUACCGAAAGACAGCUGAGCAAGCUCUCAUGUCACAUCCGUGGCAAGCUUGGGCAUCUCAUGUUGAUGUCACAAGUGGCGGAAAUGAAGAUUACAGAUGUAACUGCGGUUACCCAGGAAGGUCACAAACGCGCUGCGGAAUUUGGGCCGUGGUUGGAUUUCUUGGUCAACUCCACACGCAAUGGGAAUGACCGACUUUCUAGGCCUCUCGAAGCAUUGGAAGCAGCCCGAUAUUUCAUAUCAGCCGUCAGACCUGGACUCAACCUCGACAGGAUCCCCGAGGUCCGGCAUGUGGAACGUGAAAGCGACUGGGCGGAAGAGUGGAUCAAAUCAAGGUCAGAGGAGAGAAAACCGACUUGGAGUAAUAAGAAGAAGGAGUUUAUUCUCAAUCGCCUUGCAGGCCGAGUUUCCAAGCCCUUGACAGAUUGGCAAUUGACCGGGGAGAAGCUCUACAAUUUGCAAGCCUUCUGCCCACAAACCGAAGCAGGGUGCGCCUUAGCCCUACUAUUGCACCAUCAGGAACUUGCCGUCCUCAGAAGGGAAGCUAGUAAAACAAAGGGUCAAGAAAAACUUCCUGCCUCUCCACCCAUGGGAAGGGUUCCGAUUUGUCAGUGUCACUCAGAAAAUUGCCAGUACCAAGAAGGCUAUCCUCUCUAUUCGACCAGAUCUCAUGACAAGUCACAUUACUGUUCGAUGGGUGGGAGUGGGAAUCCCAAAGGCACUUGGAGCUCAUCGAGCGAGACAAAUCGAAUUGCUGAGGUCAACGUCUCCGUUGAGUCUCCAAAUUAAUCAUCUCCACUACGCUCCAUUGUCUAUUCCCAGUAGCAGUACGCACAGCCCAGUCUGUAAUCAGCGAAGAAAGGUCCCAGCCAAGCACACCAUGACUCGAGCAAGUUUCUUCAAAGCCCACUGUCGCCAAUGCCACUCAUUCCGGGCAGAUCUGCUUCAAACAAUGCCAAAGAAGUGUCGUAGC